UUUAAUUUUUUUAAUAAACCUGACAAAACUAAAAAAGUUUGGUUUAUUUUAUAUUUUUUAUACAUAAUUUUUUAUAUAAAAUAAUUUCGUCCAAAUAGUUUUUGCAACCUUUUUGGCAAUUUUUGGCACAAUAAACCAAAAUAAAAAUCAGAUUCCACGACAACAUCCAAUAAAACAUAAUAAAAAGUAAGCGCUACCAGAAUGGCAGUGGGAAGAUCUUAUUUGAAGAAGGUCAUGGCUGACGUUGAUGUCGAGCAUAUGACGCUGACUGAAGCGAAACGCGGUCACCACCAACUUUACCAUGCUCUCUUAUCCGAGCUGUGCUUCGAGGGCUGCAUGACUUGCGCCAAGUACUUCGAGUACUUGGUGUGUGAGGAGAAUGCGCUCAUCAAAGAUAAAUUCAUCAAAAAACGCAUGUGGGUGAAUAAGGUGGCAUUGCUGAAGUUAUAUGAAAUAUGCAAGGCAGCCGAGGUAGUGUCUAAGUUGAAAACUUGCCUCAGCAAAAAAUCUACCUACGAACUUAUCUAUCAGGCUUUGAAUAUAGCGAGAAAUUUAUCCGAUUCUUUUCAUUGGUUUACGAAGAGCUUCCUUGAAAUAAUCAUCGAAAUAGCCGAUUCGUUCGGCUUGAAUGAUGUGCUAUGCUGCGAAUUGCGUGCGAAGAUUUAUACGCAUUAUGCCGUGUUUCACAUGAGUGGCAGAGCACAUAGUUUUAAAAGAGAAAUCAAAUACUUCGAGAAGGCGUUAUCGCUGAGUCGCGCUCAAGACUGGCGUACCGAUAACAUUACACCCGUGUUUGAUGAGCAAAAUUUACAUGAAUUUGUUGGUGUAACCUUUGCCAGCGUUCUCUUCAAAUCCGCAAAGGCAUUUAUACAUAGCAACCCAAAACUCGGCAUUGAACAAGCUGACCGAUCUAUCAAAUGUAUAGCCGAAGUUGGUGAAAUGAAGUUGAAAAUUUUAGUCGCGAAAGCUAUAUUGGUCAAAGCGCGCCUGCUAAUAGAAAUCAGCAAUUACAAGGAGGCCAUGAAACAUUUAAGAUCCGCUGAACGUUAUUUGACGGGCGAGAAGAGCAGUGAAUUUCAGAAAGUGAGAUGUGAGAUAAACAUUUGUAAAGGCGUGUGCUAUGAAAAUUUGGGCUACACAUCCUAUGCUAUGGCCAAACUGCGAUUGGCAAUUUUAUUAGCGCGACAUUUGGAAUUGGGUAAACUACUUGGCUUAGCAUUGCUGCAAGUGGCAAAAAUAUAUAUGAAAACUCCAAGCAAAUAUCAUUUAGCCGAGAAUGCGCUUAGAGAGGCACGUGACACAUUCCAAGACGGAGAAGAGCCGGAAAACAAGCGAUAUGUCAAAUAUAUGUUCGCCUUAUUGCAAACCAUCUCGAAUGAGAAAACUUACAUAGACAUUAUUAAGAAUUCACAGUUUAAUUUUUGUGAUUUGCAUAAAUUACGCAAAUGGAAGAAUCAAGCGAAGCCAUUUUGGAAGCGACGAGGUACGAUCAACUUCAUCAAGUCGUUCACAACUCUAAGUCUUUUGAGUCUUGUCACCUCCAAACUGCCUUCGGAUGUAAGCGAAGAGUCCGAAGAACCAACUACAGAGGCUAAAAGGUCUGAGUCGGAGUCGGAGGAAACGGGUAGUGAUCCGAUCGAGUGUCUACUACGUGAGUUUAAGUGAGUACUUAGAAGUAUAGUGUACAGUAUAGUAUAUGGUAUGUGAGUGAAGUGUGAAUUUGAAACAAAAUCACAAGAAAUAAAAACAAAAUUAUAUCCAAA